GAGGCUCAGCAUGCUCUAUCUGUCAGCAGGUCGUGGUGUAGGAUUCUCUGUGGAUCUGAAAGCCUGGACGAAGAACAGUGUUUCCUGUGGGUACCCAUAUUCACAGCCAUCCUUAACUUCCUUGCUAAUGUAUCUGCAGGUUGCUCCAUUGUUCACCAACAUGGAAGAGGUAGUUGGAUCCCCUGAGGAUAAAGAAUUUACAUGCUUCUCUGAUGCUAUAGCCAUUCACAAAGAGGGAGGUGAUGAUUUAUCUGUAGAAAAUGUCAAGAAUAUCGAGACUGCUGUGGAAGCAGGGAAUUGGGUAGAACUUGUCUCUAUCGUCAAGGAGAUCAAACAGGAAGCAUCGAGAACCACAGUGAAAAUUGCUGUAACUGGGGACUCCGGCAAUGGCAUGUCAUCCUUCAUCAAUGCUCUUAGGGAGAUUGGACAUGAGGAGGAGGAUUCAGCUCUCACUGGAGUGAGGACCACACAGAAACCGGCCCUAUACUCCUCCUCCAAGUUUCCCAAUGUGGAACUGUGGGACCUGCCUGGCACAGGGGUCACAUCCCAGAGCAUGGAGAACUACCUGAAGGAAAUGAACUUCAGAAAAUGUGACCUGAUCUUCCUCAUCGCUUCUGAGCAGUUCAGUUUGAAUCAUGUGAAGCUGGCCAAAGCCUUGCAGAGCAUGAGAAGGAGGUUCUAUGUCGUCUGGACAAAGCUGGACAGGGACCUCAGCACAAGUGCCCUCCCAGAACCCCAGCUACGGGAGAACAUCCUAAAGAACAUCCGGGAAAACCUCCAGGAGGAGGGGUUGGUGGAUCCCACUAUAUACCUAGUAUCCAACUUUAGUCCUUCUUUUCAUGACUUCCCGAAGCUUAGACACAAACUGACAAAAGACCUCCCUGAAAUCAAGUAUUAUAGUCUCUUUGGAAUCCUUUUUCAAGUCUGUGAGAAGAUUAUUGAUAAGAAAAUGAAAACCAUUAAAAAGUACAUAAAGGAGGAUAAUUUACAGGGAGGUUUAGGAAUCUCGGAUCCAAAUAAUCUGGCAGAGUGUCAUAAAGUCUUCCAGGAAUACUUUGGUGUGGAUGACAAAUCUCUCCGCCAGGUGGCUGUGACGAUGAGUCACCCGGAUACUUAUUUCACAGAUGCCAUGCAGUCCCAGGUUACACAGACGCACCAACUAGAUGGCUUGACACCGUCUCUGCUGCACCAGUUCCGUGAUCAAGCUGUUAAGUUUGCCUAUCGCUGUUUUCGCUCAACACACGCGCAACAGGAACAUGUACUUGAUGAAGCUGUUGAGAAAACCAAGAAAAUUCUGAAUAUAAUCUUGAAGGACACUCUCCUUCCUUAGGAAGGGCUAGCUAACCGAGAUUCCCUCCCCAGCUUUCUACCCGACAUCUACCCCCAGUUGAACUUAAUUGCUGUAUGGGUUUCAAGUUCCUUGAGAUUAAUCGGCCGACUCUCUUGACGUGCAUUGCCCACAGAAAAGAGUGCUAUGGGUUUUGAUUUUUUACCAUUUGUUUACUUUUAUUUUAACUGAACUUUCUGGGAUCCCAAUAUAGGAGACAUUUCCUUUUUCAAAUUGCACAGAAUUUCACGUUUGACACAUGGUCACCUUGGCAUCUAUGACUGAUAUAGUUUCUCUUAGAGGCCUCUUAAUUUUUGCUUCUUUCUUUUCUUCUCUCUUGUGGGAGGUAGAGCAUCCUUUUGGGAAUGAAAAAGAGCUUGUUUCUGUCCACUUUCUGAAAACGUGACUAGUAGAGGCCUGUUCUCUCUCUGUACCACUGGUCAUGGGAUUCACAAAGUGCUGACUGGAAGACUUCUAGGUCCCCCACAGUACCCCCAGUGGUGCCAAGGAUGUCAUGGCCUCUCACACUCAGGGCACCCACAGUCUUCUAUUGCAUCUGACUUGUUCAUCUACCCCUAACUCUACAGGCCAAACCCCUAUCCAGACACAUAGACCCUUCUCCCUUCCUCAUGGAGCUUUCCCAUUUCACUCAGGUGUGUGUGUGUGUGUGUGUGUGUGUGUGUGUGUUCAUUUAAGACAGAUGCUUCUCCGUGUGCUGUUACAUCCCAUUUUCUCAGUCCCCCUCUCAAUGGACGUCAGAGUGUGGUUGUAGGGUCCAGUCCAUCCAUUCAAACAACAGUCCUGAGUUUCAGUUUACCCUAAAGCAAUACCUGGUUUGGGGAAAGAUCACAAACUGAGUUCAAAUAGUCACCACUCAGGAAUGGACCAUCCAAGGGAAAAACACCAAAUAUUCCAAAGGAAAUGCCUAAUGUUCCAACCAUUGUAGAUGUAGAUUCCAACAUCACCAGAUAUCCCUUAGCCCAGCACACACCCAUCCUCUUUCACCAAGACACCCGUAGACAAAUGUCAGCCAAUCAGGGGUCCUGAACCUUAGAAAUCCCCUCACCUCAACCUCUGCUAUGUUAAGAACCCCACCCAAACGGUAGUUUUUAUGACUCUCUGACCUCACUGUGUUGUUGGAUGGGUGGAGGGUCCAAGCUCAAGCCUGAAUAAAAGCUCUUUGCUUUUGCA